AUGCAUCGAUUCUCUGGAGUAGAUGGUGUCUGGCAGGCGCAGAGAAGUGACAUUUCAGGUUUGAGUAGUUUCAGGCACACCCAUUCUGCUCCACCUCGUGCCGCCACCCUGAAUGAGUCAGGUAUCAAAUUUUUAGUGGCAAUCACAGGAAGGAUUCCUGAGGAGAUCGACACAGAGACUGUAACAGACAGGCAAUUCUACAAGCAGAUCAGACGCCUAGCUGGAAAGAUGUCUUCUAUAUUCAAAAAAACAAAUGACUCUGACAUAGACAAAAAUAAAAAUGACAGAAGCCGAGUCAUUCAAGACAGCAAGAGGAAGACAGCUGUUCUUCAAGAUAACAGCUGGAUAAGGAAUAGACAAGACGAGGAGGUUGUAAAAGAUGAAAACUUUGGAAAGACUAUUCUUCACCGAUAUAAAUCUGAAGAUUCCCUUGGACAAAACAACAGUCCCCAAGCUGAUGAAAGAGAUGGAUCAACUCCAUCUGUAACAAAAUUAAUGAAAAGAUUUAGUUCCAGUGAACAGCUUCCUACUGGAAAAGACACAGAUGACAAAUAUAAAAGGCAAUCUUCAACGAAACUAGAGGAACCAAAGAUGACAAUAUUAACUUCUAACCCAUUUACAUCUGGAUUGAAAAGUACAGAGAUGGAGACAAAAACAAGCAUUUCUUCUAGGUCAGCUCCAGAUGGACAGAAUGCUUCUGUAAUGCCACAAGUGAAAUCUCCAGUCAGAUCCGACUCCACAGAAACCAAAAGGCCAUCACUGUAUGCUUCAAAAUAUGACAACGCACCAAGAAAAUCAGAUGUUCAAUCACCUGGUUAUAGAGAUGAUUUGACAGAUGUGACAUCACCUACAGAGAAAUUUGACAAAGGAAAACCAGCUCUUUUGAGUCCUAAACCUUCAUCAGGAAGCAUGGUGGCAGACAUUAAGGGAAAAUUCGCCAAUGGAGCUGCAAGUACCCCAUCCACUACUAAAUCCAGUGAAAUUGCUCUGAAUAAGGCAAACUUGAAAGACGGAAAAGUGCCUCCAGUCUCCUCUGCUAAAACCAGUGAACUUAUUGAUGUAUCCAUGACCUCUCCAAGCUUGGAGAAGGGCAAUACUGGCUCUGUUUUAAAUACUAAAACAGUUGGUCCCGCUGUUCAGUCUGCAACCACAGAGAAGAGCACAAAAGGAACUUGGGAGCCAGUAAAAGCACCAGGCAGCAGAGAUGUGGACAUUGCAAAAUCAGAAUCUCCAUCUAAGCCCUCUUCAUCCUCAUCAUCUUUUUCUGUCAAAGAUGUGGAUAUUACAAAAUCAGAAUCUCCAUCUAAGCCCUCUUCAUCCUCAUCAUCUUUUUCUGUCAAAGACAUUGAAUUUAUUAAACCAGAGACUCCAGAAAAAUCACCAACUUCCACUAAAUUUUCUACAGCCAGAGAUCAAACUUAUACAAAGUCAGAUUCUUCGCCAAAGUCCUCUCUAUUAUCUUCAUCUUCAUCUUCUUUGACCAGAGACCUGGAUUUUACUAAACCUGAACCCCCACCAAGGUCACCUGCAUCUUCCAAUUCUUCCUCGCCCAGAGAUCUGAAUUCUGCCAUGAGGGCCCAGUUGUCAUCCAUGCCCACGGUGAACAGCAAAUCUGGACCAGGCACAGCAACUACCAUUAGGACAACUGAACACAUUUAUGACACAAAUACUCCGUCCUCUACUACAACUUCAUAUUCCAUCACCAGGAAAAGUGAACCAAGGGAAAAUAAUUCAGGAAAUUUGGAUUCUUUCAGCAAAUCUGGACCAGGCACAGCAACUACCAUUCGGACAACUGAACACACUUAUGACACAAAUACUCCGUCCUCUACUACAACUUCAUAUUCCAUCACCAGGAAGAGUGAACCAAGAAGUGAAUACAGUUAUGACUUAAUUGAUGGAACAAGUCCUCGCAGCACUUCAUAUUCCAGCAACAAGUUUGAUUCCAGCUUCAAUUUAAAUUCUAGUCCUCCAGAAACAUAUGUGUACACGAAAACCUCCUUUGUGGAAAACAGCAAACCACAAAUAAAUGUUAAUGAUAAUGUUUCAUCAUCAUCCAUUAAGACAGUAUAUUCCACCUCUGACAGAAGCAUCAUUGAUAAGGACUUGUGUACUUAUUGCCGGAAACCACUUGGCAUUGAGCCAAAGAUGAUCCUCAAUGAGCUGCACAUCAAUUGCCAUGCAACCUGUUUUAAGUGUGAAGUAUGCAGUGCUUCCCUGGGAAAUAUGAAGGCAGGUGACAGCUUAUGGCUCUACAGGCAGACAGUGCACUGUGAAAACUGCUUUGGAAUAACCAGAGAUAAAUGGCGCAUCUAGAAAUGAAGAAUGAAGUCUGUAUGUGGAACUGAACUGAAACAAGCGCUUCAUGGAACAAAACACUGCUUAUGGCUGCACUAGUGAAGAAAAUGUUUAUUGGUGGUGGAAAAACUUACAGGUUCAAGGGUUUAAAUACAUAGUAGAGUGCAAAUAAUGCAACAGAGACAAAGGAAAAAUAUUAGGGUUUAAUAUAUAUGUUUUCUACAUUUCUAUGAAAUAACCUUUGGGAUUGUUAGGUAACAAAACAUACUUGAUUUGUUAAGUCAAUAAAAGUAAAUGUAGAUCUAUAGGUCCUAAGGGGUGAGGGCCAUGAACACAUAAUAUUGCAUCUGCAUUAUCUUGCUUAAUUUCCUACUCCAGUUCUAUAAAUGCCAGGGAAGUAAGGCUGUCAUCACAUACUAUGUUUUUAUUCAUCUUGCUUGGAAAAUUACUUUGUAACGCUUGUCUUGUGCUUGUAUUAUAUAUAUAUAUAUAUAUGUGUGUUCUCUAAAAAUAAUGAUGUGCAAAUAAAUAUUUUAUGCAUUC